AUGCUGCUCAGAGCUGCUCGAGCUUCGUGCUUGCGCUCGACGCGGUACGCACAUCCGAGCUUCGCCGCCCGAGCACCGUGGACAAGCCCAAAUGGCACACAGCUGCGUAUAUUCACCUCGGGCAGCCCGUGGCGAAACCAGCCAACAGACAUCAAAGACCCGGCGUCCCUGAAGUCCAAUGCCGCCUCUGCACCCCCCGCAUCGCAGUUAGCGAAUGCGAACAUUCUCCCAACGCCGGAAGAUGCGGCCAAGAGCGCACCGAAGCCGAAGAAGGAAUUGCUGAGCGAGUCGGCUAUGGCCAGCAAGGAGCAACGGCAGGCAGACUGGGCAAUCAUGCGAGAGAUGGCCAAGUACCUUUGGCCAAAGGAUGAUUGGGGUACCAAGCUCCGAGUCGGAACGGCUCUAUCAUUGCUUGUGGGAGCUAAGAUCCUCAACGUAGAAGUGCCGUUCUACUUCAAGAGCAUUGUUGACUCUAUGAACGUGGAUUUUGCGACCCUAGGAGGAACCGCCUAUACUGUGGCAGGUUCCAUGAUCAUAGCCUAUGGCGCAACUCGCAUUGGAGCUACUUUGUUCCAGGAACUUCGCAAUGCAGUGUUUGCUAGCGUUGCGCAAAAGGCGAUCCGCAAGGUCGCGCGUAAUGUCUUCGACCAUUUGUUGCGAUUAGACCUUAACUUUCACCUCUCGCGUCAGACUGGUGGCUUGACUCGGGCAAUUGACCGUGGAACGAAGGGUAUUAGCUUCCUGCUGACCUCCAUGGUCUUCCAUGUUGUACCCACUGCCCUCGAGAUAUCUCUCGUGUGCGGAAUUCUUACAUAUCAGUAUGGCCUCCAGUUCGCGGCUAUCACGGCCACUACGAUGGUUGCUUAUACAGCGUUCACCAUCACCACGACUGCCUGGCGAACCAAGUUUCGACGACAAGCCAAUGCGGCCGAUAACCGCGGUGCUACCGUUGCUGUGGAUUCGCUGAUCAACUACGAAGCCGUCAAGUACUUCAACAAUGAAAAGUUCGAGGUUGCCCGAUACGACAAAGCGCUCAAGAACUACGAAGAUGCCUCUAUCAAAGUGACCACCUCUCUCGCCCUCCUCAACUCGGGCCAGAACAUGAUCUUCUCAACUGCGCUGGCCGCAAUGAUGUACCUGGCCGCGGACGGGGUGGCCACGGGCACCCUGACCGUCGGCGACUUGGUCAUGGUGAAUCAGCUCGUUUUCCAGCUUUCCGUGCCGCUCAACUUCCUGGGCUCCGUCUACCGCGAACUGCGCCAGUCCCUGCUGGACAUGGAGACGCUUUUCAAUCUGCAAAAGGUCAACGUGACGAUCCAGGAGAAGCCCAAUGCCCAGCCGCUGCAGCUGAAGCGCGGCGGCGAGAUCCGCUUCGAGAACGUCACCUUCGGCUACCACCCGGACCGCCCAAUCCUGAAGAACGCGACCUUCACGAUUCCGGCCGGCUCCAAGUUCGCCAUCGUCGGCCCCAGCGGCUGCGGUAAGUCGACUAUUCUGCGUCUCUUGUUCCGCUUCUACGACACCCAGUCCGGACGAAUCUUGAUCGACGGCCAGGACGUGCGCGACGUCAGCCUGGACAGCCUCCGGCAGACGAUCGGCGUCGUGCCGCAGGACACUCCGCUGUUCAACGACACCAUUGCGCAUAACAUCCGCUACGGUCGGAUCGAUGCGACCGAUGAGGAGGUGCGGCAUGCGGCCGAGCGCGCCCGCAUCCACCAGCUGGUCGAGCGCUUGCCAGAUGGGUAUCAGACGGCAGUGGGCGAGCGCGGAAUGAUGAUAUCGGGCGGCGAGAAACAGCGACUGGCGAUUUCGCGGCUGCUGUUGAAGGAUCCGCAACUGCUAUUCUUCGACGAAGCGACCUCGGCGCUGGACACGUACACGGAGCAGGCGCUCCUACAGAACAUCAACAGCAUUCUGAAAGAGAAGCGACGCACAAGCGUGUUCGUGGCACACCGGCUCCGGACCAUCUACGACAGUGACCAGAUCCUGGUGCUUAAGGACGGACAGGUGGUGGAGAUGGGGUCGCAUCGGGAGCUCCUAGAUCUGGACGGCGUUUAUGCGGAACUAUGGAAUGGUGAGUCGCAAGCGUCCCAGGAACGAUCGCUCGCGCAGGAGGGCGAGGAGGAACAGCCCUAG